GGCAUUGGGGAACGAAUGCCAAGUCGAGAGAACUGUGUGAAGGGUGCGCCUGCUCGAGGCGAUGGAACGCCCCCGGCGCGUCUUCUGUCGGUGACUCGCGCCACUACGCCACCCCGUACGAAGAAGCCUAAGAAAGUAUCGGCCCCGCGUGCGUCCGAGAAGAACCAGAGGCAACCGCAGAAGAAGGAAAAGAUCCGCACGUACUGCAGACGAAAAGCUGAGAUCGAGGACUUGAUGGGCGAGAUGGCGCGUCUGAAAGCCGAGAUCGAGCUCUAUGCAAAGCGCAACGAAGUGCUGAGGGGGCGAGAGGAGCUGCGCCAACGCCUAGAGUCCAACCGAGCUCUGCGUGAGGUCCUCCACACCCAACGUUUGGCCUUUGCAAGCUCGCUGUCGCUGGUUUCGCAAGUUUUGCGGGAGAAGCACACGGGGCCGUUCGAUACGCUCACGCACCUACCGAAAGACCCGUACGCCCGUCACAUGGAGCUGCUGCGAAUGAAGCGCGAGCGGAUUCAACGCGCCUACGACUUCAUGCGCGAGCGUCAGCGGUUCAUGGACACCAGUACCGAGUUCUGCGACAAGAAGAAGUUCCAGGCCUUGAACGGGGACUUGUGCUCGGAGCGCUUCGAAGUGAUCCCGUUGCCGGGCGCGGCCAGCGUCAAGGCCAUCGUCGACGCGCUUGAGUACUUCGUGUACAACAUCGAGAUCUGCAUGUCCGAAGUGCUGGGCGACAUCACCAUCCGCGAGAACGACGACCCUCAACGGAGCAGCUCCGUGGCGCAGCACCGUCUCGUCACCUCCAUCGGGGACGUGGUGCAGAUGGACACCAACAACGUGGCCUUCAACGCGUACAUCCCGGCGGGGCCAGGCCAACGAGAGGUCGGCUUCUCCAUCAGCGACGCCGUUGACGAGGACGAAGCGUUCCCGUACAGUGCAGCACGCGUGAGGCAAGACGUCACGGUCAUCACUAUGGUGAACUGGCAAACCCGGAAAGAUGGCUCUCCGGUUAUUGUGUUCGCGAGGUGGUGGUGUCUUCGUAUCCGACACUCUAGCAUUAGUGUACCUGAGUAUGCAGUGACGCGUAUUCAGAACGGGAUCGAGUACAUAUGUGCCGCAAUGGUGGCGGCAGCUCGACACGCUGGGGCAGACGGCAGUUAA